AUAAAUACAUUGCAAAACAUAAACUAAUUGUAUGUUUGUAUGUAUCGUACGGUUUGAUUGAUUCAGUUAUUCAUUGAUUGAUUGAAACAAUUAGUUGAACUAAAUUUUGAAAUAAAACAUUUCAAUGAUAUAUCUCAAUCACAACACAAAUGAUGGACACAAACGAUAAUAAGUCAUCUUUUGAUCGGUUCGGCGAUGAUUUGACGGCAUUUAUACUAAGAUAUCUAUCACUUGAAGAUCAGUUGUGUUUAGAGUGUGUAUCCAAACAGUUCCAGUCGUGUGGUAUUCAUCUACGGACUCAUCUAAUAAUAUCUAAUAACUUAAAGAAACGAUUUUGUAGUAAAAGUAGUGUUUCGGGCAAAGAAUGUUUCGACAAUAAAAACUGGUCGUCACUGAUGAAGAAGUGUCCAAAUGUUCAGAUCUUUGAUAUCCAGUCGACAGGAAAUCAACAAAAACACUUCAUAAGAGCCAUACAUCUGUUUCGUGAACUUUGGCCACAACUGCGACAAAUUGAUUGCAAUAAUUUCAAAAUGCUUGACAAAGACAUGAAAUUUAUGUGCAAAAUGUUUCCCAAAAUGAUUAGACAAUUAUUUUUAUAUGAAAUUAAUGAUACAAUUAGACCCUGUAUUUCAUUGAUGACUAAUCUUCAAAGUCUACGGAUAUGGAAAAUACAAGACUUGUUUAUUGGCGAUCAACUGAUGGUCAAAGGUUUACUCAGUCAACUCAGUUGUCAUUUUUCUGACAAUAUGGUGACUCCACUGAAGACAUUCAUCGAUGGUAACAGUAAUCUCAAAAGUCUUCAGCUGUUUGUCAAUUCUACGGAUACCGCGAAUACUGUUGUCUCUGUGUUGUCACUUAUCGGCCGGCGAUUACAAGGACUGCAACAAUUGGAGUUAGCCUUCGUCUCAACUGUUGACUACUCGAUAGCCCAGCCAUUGAUGACAAUUGCCAACAGUUGUCGGCGACUAAAGGUUUUUAAAUUCUAUAUAACUGUGGAUUCAUUGGCUACUUAUAUGGAGACAUACAUUGCCGUCAAACAUAUGAAACAAUUGAAACGAUUGUAUUUAAGCAUAUAUUAUGUCAACCGUAAUAAUAGCAACGAAACGAUUAAUCCAUUACUUUAUAAAUCGUUACAACCGAUUAACUGUUGGCCACAAUUAAGUCAAUUGAUACUUCGGUUAUCUUAUAUUGAUUGUCAAUUUUUUACCGAUUUGGGCCGAAACCUACCGAAACUUCAAUGUCUAUACAUUUCACACCUAACAGAUAUAUUUGACAGCAUAUCUAUGUCAUACAUAUCAAGACUUAAAUCACUGACGAGAUUAUCAGUUGUAUCUAAUAUUGAUGUGUCGAUCAGUCAGUUGGAUGUCCACCAAAUGGCCAAUGUUUGCCGUAAAUUGAAAUUUAUUAAAAUUAAUGUUAAAAAUAUAGAGAGAUUUUAUGGCAAUGAAAGUUCAAUUCAUUCAAUGAGAAAUUAA